AUGGGGAACAGCUUUGAAAUGGAAAUCGCUGUUGGAUGGUUUUUUCGACCCAGUGAUGAAGAAUUAAUUGUGGAGUAUUUGAAGAGGAAGAUUGCAACACCGGAUUCAUCCAGAGUUCCUUAUAUAAAAGAUGUUGAUCUUUAUAGCUUCCAUCCAAGACAACUUACUGCAGAUCAUGGCGGAUAUGAUGCUGCUGAUGAAAAGAAUGAAUAUUACUUUUUCACGCAAAGGAAGAGGAAGAAUGAAGCAGGAAAGUCUGAUAGGGCAAGUCGAAGUGUAAAAAAUGAAUCAAUGUGGAAGGCUACUAAUGGAGAACAAGAAGUGAUGGAUUACAUAUCCAAUGAAAUUAUUGGUCAUAAGACGACUCUUGUUUAUUUUGAGAACAAAACAAAAGAGUCUAAAACCAACUGGAUAAUGCACGAGUAUCGUGCAACUACCCAAGAAACCAAGCAGGGGCCGAAGAAGAAGAAGAAUAAAGUUGCUGCUAAAGACGAUCAAGUUCUUACGAUUGAUCAACAAGAUCAAUAUGGAAUUUCAUUGCAACAAGAGAAAAACGAGCUGAUGAUGUCAACUUUUAGUGAUUGUGCUUAUAAUCAAGAAGAAGGUGAUCAUGGUGAAGAUUCAUGGUCACACUAUGCCAACCUCUUGCCCUCCCAUAUUGAAGAAGAUUUUUCUGAAGUAGUUAAUCAUUAUGAUUUCAGCACUACUUCUAUGGAGGAAGAAGAUCAAAAUCAUGGGAAAGAGACCCAAGGGAUGAUCCAAGACUUUAAUCGGGCUUUUAGUGUUUAUAUGGAUCGUGGCCUUGGUGGGUUCUUGGAACAUUAA